AUGCAGGGAGGCGGAGUAGCGGUAGCAGGGCCGCCUGUGAACGUCAGCGGGAGGAACGUGAGCACCCACGGCGCACAGCCAUCCGUACCGUACGCUCGCACGACCGAUCCGUCUGUUAGAGAGGCGGUGGCGCGUGCUUAUAGCGAGGUUGCUGGUACGUACGCCAGCUCACUGCAUUUCGGUGGUAGUGCGGCGAGCGAGGGGUCAGAGGAGGUGGCUCAGGAGGUGAGGGGACACGUGGCAGCGGAACGCGACGAACACGUGGUAGAGCAACGCAAAGGACACGUGUCUAAAGACGGACACGUGGCAGGGGAAGGCAAAGUACACGUGGCAGCAGCUGACUUGAUCAAGAGUGACAAGGGCGCGCUGGGUGUGAGUGGGCGGAGCAAGGGGGUGAGGAAACGGAGGGAGCGGGUCGGGCCGGAGGUGGAGGAGUCGAAGCGGCGGAUUCUCGCGGCGUUCCUGCGAGACAUGGACGGCGCCGACAAGCCUGCCGGCCAUGCCGCGAGCCCUGUCCAGGCUAACCGGCCGGGAGAGGAGAGGCAAUCGGGGGAAAUGGGUUGGUCAGGGGAGAUGGAAAUUGGUGGUGUUUCUACAGAAGCGAAGGAGGCGGGGGAGGGUGUGGGUGGUGAUGAGAUGAGGCAGGACGGGUUCGCGGAGAAGGGUGUUGGUGACCUUGCCCCGUCUGACAGUGUCGGUGAGCGCUAUAACGGAGACGAGGAUGACGAGCAAGAGCCCGAUGAGGACCACGUGUAUGACAGCGAGGAGUAUGAUAGCGGGGAUGAGGAGCACAGUGAUGCGGACGAGGCGGCGGAUAAGAGCGACGCGCCGGUGGAUCUCGAGUCGCUCGUGGCCAUGAGCGGCCGCUCGCAGCUCACGGGCAUGGCCGGCGCGCGAGCUGGGAAGACGAGCCGGGAGUAUGAACAGUCGCUCGCCGCGAAGGCGCACAGCGCCAAGGCGGAAGGGCGUGCGGACACGAACGCGCAGGGCGGCGCUCCCGUUUCCGUUCCGCCGUCUGGCGUCCCCCCAGCCUCCUCGUCCUCCCCGUCUGGUUCCUCGAGCGACUCGCUCGCGCACUCAACGCCCGCCGACUCGAUCGCCAUGAUCGAUUCCAGCUCGUCCGGCGACGAUUCCGGCGACUCCCCCACCUGCGACAGUCGCACGAGCGAUUGGCGCUCCAGCGUCAUCCCCGCCGUAGGCAGCAACCGCCGCCAGGAUUCCGCUGGGCCCGCGGAAAGCGGUUCCGCCGCUGCGGACGGUGGGGCAACGGGCGAGGGAAUGGAUUCGGGGGGCGCAGGGGGAGUGGGGGAAGCGGGUGACGCGGAGAGGUGCUUGGGGGAAGAGCGCGUGGCUUCUGGGAAGCUGGAUUUUGAGGUGAGCAGUGCUGACGUGGCGGAUCCUGCCGAGAUUGACGCAAGUUAUGACGAAGGUGGCAGCGGGAGGAGGAGCAGGAAGCGGUGGGGCGAUUGUGCUCCCGCGGGGAAUGAGGGAGGCGGGCGCACGCGGUGGGGCGGGAGUGGCGCGGGGGAAGGAACGGAGAUGGAGGGGAGUGCCGGCGGGGGAAGCUUGCGCUUGAGAUGGCUGGUACUGGAGGAGGAGGGGGAGGAGGGGGAGGAGGAAGUGGAGGAGGAGGAGGAGGAGGGGGGCGAUAUGAAAGAGAUGUGCGGCCAGGAAGCGGAUGGGAGUGAGGAGGGAAGUGAGUUGGAAGGGGAGUUUGAACUGCAUGCAUCCCUGCUCCAUGCUCCCACCGCCUUGCCUGCCCUCUCCACACCUCCGCCCUCCGUUCUCUCGCCCUCCGUCCCCUCGCCCUCGCUGGCCCCAUCACACGAGGCCACUAAAGAAACGCCCCAACCCACUCCGCAGCACCACGCCCUGCCGGAAUCUCCUCAGUCUCACAUCCACCUACAGCCAAAUGAUGCCGCCCCAUUCAGGCAGCCGGGCGGCCAGCAGCAGCAGCAGCAGCAGCAGCAGGGCGGCAUGGUGAUGGCGGAGUGGGCGCAGCAGCACGAGUAUCACCAUCUACAGCCGCCCAUGCAGCUGCCCGCCGUGCCCUCUCUGCACAGUAACCUCUCCUCCAUCAAGCGCCGCCUCUCCCCGCGAGUUCGCAAGCCCACUCGCUUCCUCACCGCUUCGCGCCCCCUCACUCCUCCGCCUUCCAACAAUGCCGCUGCUGCGGUUGCUGCUGCUGGCGCUGCUGAAUCUCUGCCACCAGCUGGAUCUGGGCCGUCAGAGGAGGUACCAGCGACUGAGGAGAAGGCGAUAAACGGUGGAGAUAGCACUCUCUCGGGUGCUUCUGGUGUGGCUGUACACAAACGUGACUAUAACGAGAGGUACGGUCCUAUGGAGGCCAGCGCAGAGAGCAGAAGCGAUGAUGGUGUGAGCAGUGAAGGGGAGUUGAGCAGUGAAGGGUCUGGGAUGACUGGGAGGGAGGGGGAAGAGGGAGAGUUCGACUGGGCUGGAUGGGGGGAAGAGGGAGUGGACGAGAGAGGGGAGGAGGGAGGGGCGGAAACGGAAAAGGGGAAACGGAUGGAUGUAAAGGAGGAGGGUAAGGUGGAGGGAAGGCAGCUUGUUUCUGUGGAUGGCAGCAGAGCAGCAGGUGGCAGUGACACGAUGCAGCACCCUUCUAAUGAAGAGGCGGAGAUGGAGGACGGGAAUGGGGGUGGGGAUAGGGAUGGGGAUGAGGAUGGGGGCGGAAACGAGGAUGGAGAUGAGGAUGAGAACGGGGAGGAGAACGGGGAUGAGGCGGAGCGUGUGUUUAUUGAGAUGGUGGGAGGGGAGGGAGUGGCGGAUGGGCGAGAGAGGGACACGGCGAAGGGAGCGGUGGAGAGGGAGGAGGAGAGUGGAAGUGGCGAAGUGAACGCCGGUGUGUGUGGCACUGCGUUCUCUUCUCAGCCACUCGCACUCCCCUCACACGCGCUCCACUCAACGCCAGCUGCCAUCUCCUCCUUCUGCACGUCGCUCCUCUCCCCUCCGCGCCCUCUCCCCUCCGCCCUCCCUAGUGCCGGCGAGCGAGGGAAACUAACAGCAACAGCAGCAGCAGCAGCAGAUGAGGCUACGUCUGCUGGGGCUGUAGCUGAUUUGUGCAGAAAGGUGCAAUCUGAGGAGAAGCAGGAAGAGGUUCGGCGGGAGGCGGGUGGGAGGGACAGCGAAAUCUGGCCACAAGAAGGCGUUGCCUUGGCUCGUGGUGGCCAGAGAGGGUGUCCUUCUGGGGGAGGCUUGGCAGCGAGCUGGGCGAGUAGCGGAGGUGCUACAAGCGAGGUUGGUGGGAGAGAGGAUGUUACAGAUGAGGGUGCAGAGAGGAGGGAGGUGAGCAGCGGUGCAGAGGGGUGGAAGCUGGGGGCAGGAACAGAUGAGGAGCAAAGAGGCGAGAUGGAGGGGACGGGAAGAGCUGAGAAUGAGGAAAGGCAGAGUGGGGAACAGGAGGAAAAUGGAUUGGAUUGUGAAGCUGAUGCACAAAGCGAGGAUGGAAGCGCAGAUGAGAAGGCGGUGACUUUAUAUGAGGAAGAGGAAGGAGAGAAGGAGGAGGAGGAGGAGGAGGAUGAGAAGGAGGAGGAUGAGGAGGAGAAGGAUGAGGAGGAGGAGGAGGAAGUGAGAAGCGGAGGUGCAAGCAGGGACGAACCAGCGAGUUCGGACGAGGUGACUGAAGAGUGCGAAGGCAUGCAGGAGGAGUGCUCCAGCGACGCAGAGGCCGUGCGUGAGGUCGGCGCCAGGGCGGCCCUGGCUCUGCACGGCUCACAGGGGACGGGCGAGGGAGGCGAAGAGGCAGCUGCGGAGGCAGCAGCAGCAGCAGCAGCGCGCGCAUGGGGAGCCGCCUUUGGAGUUGACCCUGCAAGUCAGGAGCACGAGGAGUGGAGAGGGAGGCGACAGGGAGAGGACGUGUUUGAGGAGAUUAGUGCCUGGGGUGCUGUCUGUGGGGUUGUGGGCUUUGGUAGCAGCCAGCCAGGUAGCAGCCAGCCAAGCAAUAGCAGCAGCAGGUUGACGCCUGCUGUGUCACGGAAGCAUGUAAUCCGACCGUUCACUGCCAGUCCGUCACUCAGCCUGCUUGAUAACCCCCUCCUCACUGCUCCCGCCGUCCCCGCCUCGUCUGCAGCUGCUGCUGCUGCUGCUGCUGCUGUUGUCGCUGCUGAAAACGCCAAUGGUGCCACUGCCCCUGGCCCUGUCACUGCCACUGCUACUACAGCCGCAGCAGGUGAAAUGAACCCCUUCCGCCCCCCUGUGCGCCGCCUGGUUCCCUCUGCCUCCUCCCCCGCCCUCCUACUAACCUCCCUCCUAAUCAACCGCCCAGCCUCCCCCUCCUCCUUCCCCGUCCGCCAUCCCUACCCCAACGACCCCACUCGUCCAUCCGCUCCUGGCCCCUACUCCUCCCAUCCCUCCUCCCCCACUGCUUUCUCCGCCCAUCACAGCCGCCCCUCUUCCCCCACCUCCGCGGAUGCCAGCCGCCCGUCUUCCCCCACAUCCGCGCAUGCCAGCCGCCCCUCGUCCCCCACCAUCCCCCUGCCCGACCGCCCCUGGCUGAAAAGCUCCCUCCGCCGCAGCCUAGAGCGCGCCCAGGCCGCCCAGCUUGCAGCCGCCGCCCUGGCAGCGGUUGAGAGGGCGGAUGGUGGUGCGGAGGGGGAAGGGGCGGAGGGUGUGGCAGCAGGGGAGGGGGCGGGUGGAGAUGGAAUGGGGAGCGCGGAUGGCAUGGGUAUUAGAAGUCGUGGGGAAGGAGGAGUGGAUGUGGAGAGGCGAGAGCCGGAGGAGAAGCAGGAGAAGCAGGGGGAGGAGAAUCAAGAAGAGGAAAAGCAGGAGGAGAAGCAGGAGAAUGAUAAGCAGGGGGGAGAGGGAGAAACGAAUGUGGUGAGUGAGUGCAACCUUGAUGCUGACACACGCUCAGACCCUUCAGUACAAGAGGAGUGCGGUGGCACGUCUGCCUCUACCGACAUGUUCCACUCCACGCAAAAAGCCAGCCAGAGCACCAGUGCUGCUACUGCCAGUGCCAGCGCUGGUGCUGGUGCUGCCAUCGCUGCUACUGGUGUUGUAUCUGGCACCCCUGUUGCUGACCUGGUCCCUGUGGAAGAAACUGCAGCUGUAGAGGCUGCUGAAAGCACAGCUGCUGCUGCUGCUGCUGAUCCAGUCGUUGCCAACAACCCGAUGGCUCAUCCCACCGAGGGAAACCCGAUGGGUACCACUGGCGUGGCAGCAGGUGGCAGCGUGGCAGGGCAGCACUGGCAUGUGAGCAGUGUGGUGGGGACUGCCAUGGGCAGUAGAGGAGCGCGUAUGGAGGGCAAGGACAGCCGUGUUAACAGCAAAGCCAACCACGUGGAGAGCAAACCCGCCCACGUGGGUGCUCAGGCUCGCCCUCACACUGCCCUGCACCGCACCCCUCCCACUCCCCCAGGUGCCCCCGCAGGUGCUCCCGCAGGGGGGGCAUCAGGUGCCCCCACAGGCAUAUCCAAUGUGCACGCUGCACAGGCGCACCCAGGUGUGAGGGAGAGGCAGAGCCCACUUGCUGCGCCGGUUCCUGCCAUGCCUCGUCUGCCAUUCAAGAUCUCCACCAGGAAGGGCUUGGGCUCUGCUGCUCAGAAUUCCACACCUCCUGCUGUUGCUGCUGCUGCUGCUGCUCCUCCUGCUGCCUCUGCUGCUCCUCCUGCUGCCCCUGCUGCUGCUGCUGCUACCCCUCGUGCUCCUGCUGCUGUUCUGGUGGCACAGCAGAAGGCACAGCGUGGCACCACAGGCAUGGGUGGUACCGCAAGGGCAGUGGGAAGGACAGGUGCAGUGACAGGAGCAGCAAUGAGGAGAAGUGUGAGCGGGACAAAGGGUGGGGUAGGAACGGGAGGUAUGGUAGAGAUGGGAGAUGGCGUGGGAGCGGGAGGAGGGGGCGUGCAGGGGGAGGCAGUGGCGGAGGUGGAGGAGAGCUGUGGCUCAUGCAGCAUGGCCAACAGUGUGAGGCACAGCCCGGGGGCGAGGCCCCACCCCAGUGCAAGGAAGCCUGACAGUGUGACACAGAAGAGCCCAGCAGCAGGGCAGAGAAUGGGGUGGAAGAGGCAAGAAAACAAGGCCACGGCAGCGGGAAGGCAGUCUGUAGCUGCAUCCGCUGCAAAGCGUGGUGGUUCUGCUUCAGCUUCUGCGUCUGCCUCUGCUGCCGCCUCUGCUUCGGCCUCUGCAGGAGCAGCAGCUGCUGCCGGUGCUGGAGGUGUGAAGCGAGUGUCAACUGUCGGAGUGAAGGGGGCUGGAGGGGCAGCAGCAGCGGGGGCAGCAGUAGCGGGGCGGUCCUAUGGAGCAGAGUCGGCUGUGGGAGGGUCGGAGACUGGCGAGGAAUGGAGCAGCUCCGGUAGCAGCUUCGGGAAGGGAGGGAUGGGCGGAGCGGGAGGAAGAGGAGUGGGUGCAGCGGGGAGCAGGCAGACAGCUCCAGGACUGCAGCAGCAGCAGCAGCAGCAGGUGUCAGUGUCUACCUCACACCAGUCACAGCACUCCCCUAUGGUGCAGCAGCAGCACUUUCUGCAGACACUAGCGUUCGGGCCCGAGUGGGUGGCAAAGAAGAGGGAGAGGGACGAGCAGAUGCAGCAGCAGAAGCUCGAGGCAGAGAGAAUAGGGCAGGCGGCGGGGGGUGGUGGUCUUGGCGUGCACCAGCCGUUCAGCCGGCCGCUGUUUGGAGAGAGGAACGUGAGUCCACUGAGGAAGGCAGGGCCUGUCACUCAAGGUGAUGCCAGGACACAACCACAGGUGCACGCACAGGCCGAGCAGCAGCAGCAGGGGGUGGUCUCUGCAGGGAAAUUGCGUCCGUUUGAGAGAAAUCUGUUUCAUCGGACAAACCCCAACGGAUUUCCUGCACCUUCUCCUACUGCUGUUCCCUCUGCUCCUGCUCCUGCUCCUCCUCCUCUUGCUGCUGCUGCUGCUGCUGCUGCUUCUAGAUACUCGUCUGGGUCUGCUGACGCAUCACCCCGCCAUCCGCCACCUUCCAACCCCUUCCUCCAGAGCCCACUCCACUCACUCGCCCCCAGUAGCGCUGCCACCAGCACCUCCACCCCGCCUCUCUCCCCACGCGCUCCUUCAGGCCCCCCUGCCAACCCUGCUCUCGCUCCUCCCAGGUCCAACCCCACGUCUCCCCGUGUCUCUGUUAUGGGUGCUGCUGCCGCGUCUCUCUCCCCGCCGCCCUCACCGCGCUCAUUCCACGUGCUGCAGUUUGCCAUGGGAGGCUCUCCCAAUGCCAGCCCCAUGCACCCUCUGGCAUCCUCCCUCUCUGGUGCUUCCCGCAGCCCCACGGUGGGCCCCUCCUCUCUUGCACCGCGCAGCCCCACAGCGGGACCCUCUCCCUCUGCACCUCGCAGCCCCACUGUUGCUCCCUCCCCUUUUGCACCCCGCAGCCCUGCCCAUCCGUCUUCAGUGUCCCAUGCAUCCCCUGGCCCUGCACACCCUACUGCACCGUUUCAUACUCCUGUGAGUCCGAGGCAUGGUGGCAUCGCUCCAUGUCCGCCCACCCCUCAACAUCCGACACAACAAGUGGUGAUGCAUGGGGGAUUGCAUCCAUUUCAUCCUUCCCAUAUGCAUGGUGGCGUGCCGCUUUCUCCUUCCACGCCUCCCCACCCGACACAACAAGGAAUGGCGCACGCAAUGCGUGGCAGCACGAACCAAACUGCUGUGACAGGCAAUCUGCAGCAUCCUGGUUACCAUGCACAGCAGUACCUGCAGCCAGUGCCACUUCACCAGCAACUGCAGCAACAGCAAAUGCAGCAGCAGCAGCAGCAGCAGCAGAGCCCAUACCGCAAUCGCCCAUGGCUCCAGCAGGAGAAUCGACAGCCAUUCAUUGCAGGGCCCAGCCCCAGUCCACCCCGAUCGCCCUCACCCCACGCCACUGCAGCCAUGCCCUUCGUCUCAGGACCCAACCGCAGCCCUGCACGCACGCCUGUCGCCUGCCACACUCCACCACCAGCAGCAGCAGCACCAUUCGUCCCUGCUGCUUACCACACUCCACAACCACCAGCAGGGCCGCUCGCCCCUACCCCUGCUGGCUACAUUGGCAGCCCAAAUCGCUGCGUUUCCCCUGUCCCCUUCUGCCCCUCGGGCAGUCCAAGGCAUGCUGCUGCUAUGUCCCCCAAUGCUGCCGGCUCUGCCAGCCCUGCCGGCGCUGGCACGCCUGACAAAGCCACUACGUCGUCGCGCUAUGCCUCCCCUCUGCCUGCCCGAGGGCCGGUGGGGAGCAUGUUCUUUGCAGGGCCGAGUAGAGGCAGCGCUGCUGCUAUGGUGGCUCGGAGGAAGUUAGAGGCCAAGGCUGCUGCCGCUGCUGCUAGUGCCGCUGCUGCUGGUGCUGGUGCUGGUGGUUGUGGUGGUGCUGCUGCCGGUGCGGCUGGUGCUGCUGCUGGUGGUGGUUCUGGUGGUUGUGGUGGUGCACAGGGGGGUGAUGCGGUGGGAGGGGGGUCAGGAGCAGGGGUUGCAGCAGUGAGGGGAGGAGUGGGAAUAGUGGGUGGUCCAGGGGCAGGGGGAUCAGCAGCGAGUGUGGGAGGAAGUGCGGGAGGUGGUAAGGCAGUAGCAGCACAGGUGGCGGGUGGAGGAGUGCUGACGUCAUCAUCGGCCAUGAAUGCAUGGCAGGGAUUCGCCGGAGGCCCGGCUCCUCCAGCAAGUGUGCCUGGUACUGGUGCAGUGCCAUGCAUGGGCCCUUCUCCUGUGAGUGGUACAGCAGUGAAGGCACCGCAUGCCGCUAGGCUGACACAGCAGCAGCUUCCCAGACAUGCAGCUCCAACAAAUGGGCCUGUAAUUCCUCCUCUUAGUGGCUCCACCACCACACGUAGGUGGUUUGGUGGUAGCAAGUAG